AUGACGGCCAGUAGAUUACAAAGAUGGGCUUUAUGCUUGUCGGCGUACGAUUUCGACAUAGAAUACGUCAGAUCAGAGCAAAACGUGGCAGAUGUCUUAUCGCGACUUAUCAAGGCGCAUAAAGUAAGUGAAGCGGAGAAUGAGAAAAGAGAACCAGAACAAACCUAUCUCCACUUUGCGUCUGACGCCUUGCUAUUAGAUUAUAAAGUGCUAAAGGCUGAAACUAGGAAAGACCCGUUACUGUCUCGCGUAACAAGUUUUAUUUUAGAUGGGUGGCCAGAUUCCAUAGAAAUAGAACAAUUGAAACCGUAUUUCAAUCGUAGGAAGGAACUUUAUUUAGAACUGGGAUGCAUUAUGUGGGGACACCGAGUGGUCAUUCCGGUGGGCUGCCAAGACAAGGUUAUUAGGGAACUUCAUGAAACUCAUAUGGGAGUAGUAAAGACCAAAUCAUUAGCGAGAAGUUAUGCCUGGUUUCCGGGUAUGGAUGAAGCGAUUGAGCAGACGUGCGGCGCGUGCGCCGUGUGCGCGGCGACGGCCAGUGCGCCGCCAGCACAGGCCCCGCGCGCCUGGCCCUGGCCGGAGCGCCCAUGGACCAGAGAGGGGCGCACGCGCGCGAAGCGCAGGCGCGGCAUCAACGCGCUGCUGGCGGUGCGCAUCGGGGUUUCCAAGCGGGAGAUAUGA